AAUAAUAAAGAAAAAGACAAGAAGAAACCCCGCGUGGGAAAACACUAGAGUGAGUAUAUUCUCACUCUUUUGGGAGGACUUUUGCAAGUUCAGGGACCCCGAGCGACCAGUGCCUGCGUUUGUUCCUUACUAGGUCCAAGGGAGACCACCAGCCGCUGGCCCGGCUCGGUCCCGGACAGGGUCAGAGCGGGCUCCAGGACCGUGAUUUUCAACACGGCGCUGUGUAACAGCUGCUCACCGGCUCACGGUGCAACGGUCCGGCACCGGGACCGGCACCGACCCCACAGCGCUGCCGGCGCUGCUGGCGCCGCCGGGGCGUCACCCGGGGCUCCCGCAGCAAAACCGGCCCCGCGGCGGGAUGGGGCGGGCCGGCUCCCACCCCCCUCGUCGCUUCACCCCCGCCGGGCAGGGACGGCCGGGCCGGGCCCGGGGCAGGGAGGACAUCGAGCCCUCAGGGCGGGCGAGCCCACGCUGCCCGGCCGAGGCCGCCGCCGGCGAGGCUGCGCCUUUAAGGGGCCGGGGGAGGCGACGGCGGGCGGGUUCCUGUGCACCGGGGCCGCUCCCUCCCGCCGUCCCUCCUCCCUCCCCCGCCGGCCGGGUGGUGGGCAGUGCCCGCGGGCCGUCGCCGCGGGUGUGGGACGGGGAGCCGCGGCAGCCCGCCCGCCGCCAUGGCUCUGUCCCUGCGCCGCCGGCUGCCGCUGCUCGCCCUUCUGCUGGCAGCCGGCGGGCUGCGGGCGGCGGAGCGGAGCAGCGGCAGCAGCAGCGCCAUGGAGGAGCUCGCCACCGAGAAGGAGGCGGAGGAGAGCCACCGGCAGGACAGCGUGAGCCUGCUCACCUUCAUCCUGCUCCUCACCCUCACCAUCCUCACCAUCUGGCUUUUCAAGCAUCGUCGCGUCCGCUUCCUCCACGAGACCGGCCUGGCCAUGAUCUACGGACUCAUAGUUGGGGUGAUCUUGAGAUACGGGACUCCCUCUACCAGUGGCCAUGACAAGCCGUUCAGCUGCUCGCAGGAGGACAGGCCGUUUACAACCUUACUGGUCAACGUCAGCGGGAAGUUCUUUGAGUACACGCUCAAAGGGGAAAUAAGCCCUGGGAAGAUCCACAACGUGGAGCAGAAUGACAUGUUGCGAAAGGUAACAUUUGACCCAGAAGUUUUUUUCAACAUUCUGUUGCCUCCCAUUAUUUUUCAUGCUGGUUAUAGCCUGAAGAAAAGACACUUUUUCAGGAAUUUGGGGUCCAUUUUGGCUUACGCCUUUUUAGGAACAGCAGUCUCUUGUUUUAUUAUUGGGAAUCUCAUGUAUGGGGUUGUGAAACUAAUGAAGUUGGUGGGUCAGCUCUCUGAUAAGUUCUAUUAUACAGACUGCCUCCUCUUUGGAGCGAUAAUAUCUGCCACUGAUCCAGUUACCGUGCUAGCAAUAUUUAAUGAGCUGCAUGCUGAUGUCGAUCUCUAUGCCCUUCUGUUUGGGGAAAGCGUGUUGAAUGAUGCUGUUGCCAUCGUAUUAUCUUCAUCUAUUGUUGCUUACCAGCCAACAGGUGAAAAUACCCAUGCUUUUGAUGCAGCAGCAUUUUUCAAGUCUGUUGGUGUUUUCCUGGGAAUAUUCAGUGGGUCUUUCAUGAUGGGAGCAGUGACGGGGGUUGUGACAGCUCUGGUGACGAAGUUUACCAAGUUGCACUGCUUCCCCCUGCUGGAAACGGCUCUCUUCUUCUUGAUGUCCUGGAGCACUUUCUUGCUUGCAGAAGCUUGUGGAUUUACUGGUGUGGUUGCUGUCCUCUUCUGUGGAAUUACCCAGGCGCAUUAUACCUACAAUAACUUGUCAGUUGAAUCGAGAAGUCGCACUAAGCAGCUCUUUGAGGUAUUGCACUUCCUGGCUGAGAACUUCAUAUUUUCUUAUAUGGGUUUGGCAUUGUUUACUUUCCAGAAACACAUAUUCAGCCCAGUUUUCAUCAUUGGAGCUUUCAUUGCAAUCUUUUUGGGCAGAGCUGCACACAUCUAUCCUCUCUCAUUCUUGUUGAAUCUAGGCAGAAGGCAUAAGAUCAGCUGGAACUUUCAGCACAUGAUGAUGUUUUCAGGUCUCAGGGGAGCCAUGGCAUUUGCUCUGGCUAUACGAGAUACUGCUACCUACUCACAUCAAAUGAUGUUCUCAACAACCCUUCUCAUUGUCUUUUUCACUGUGUGGAUUGUUGGUGGAGGUACAACUCCCAUGCUGUCAUGGCUGAACAUCAGAGUUGGUGACCAUGUUCCAUCGGUGGAAGAGAUGAGUGAAAGCCGCUGGCUGUAUUUCAGGGUUGGAGUUGACCCAGAUCAGGAUCCUCCACCUACUAAUGACAGCUUUCAAGUCUUACAAGGAGAUGGCCCGGAUUCUGAAAGAAGGAACAGAACAAAGCAGGAAAGUGCUUGGCUCUUCAGGCUAUGGUAUAGCUUUGACCAUAAUUAUUUAAAGCCAAUUCUCACUCACAGUGGCCCCCCGUUAACCACGACUCUACCCAGCUGGUGUGGUCUGAUAGCCCGCUGUCUGACAAGUCCCCAGGUUUAUGACAAUCAAGAACAGCUUAGAGAAGAGGAUUCUGAUUUUAUUCUGAAUGAUGGUGACCUUACUGUGACAUACGGUGAUACAACAAUAACUGCAAAUGGUUCUUCUGGCCCCCAUACAGCUACCACUAGCCUUGAUGGCAGGAGAACAAAAAGUAAUUCAGAGGAAGCACUGGAACGUGAUUUGGGAGCAGCAGAUCAUGAAGUUACAAGCAGGGGUACCCGGCUAGUAUUUCCUCUGGAAGACAACGCGUGAUUACUGACUCAGUAAAAAUAACUCUUCCUCUGUGGAUGGAUCAAGGAAGACUGCAGGCCACUGUGUCGCUUGAGGUGGGGAUGUUUAUUUAAACAAGUUAACAUGCGUAAGUGGUUUACUAGGGUCUGAAGAUGUCACCUGUUUUUCUUACUCAAGAUGCUGACGGUGGGGUUUUCUAAAUGUCUGAAAGCAGACAAAUGAGAAAACUGGUCGUUCUCCUCUUCUCAACCGCAUAUUGAAUCCAAGUAUAACUAGCACGCUGCAAUUGUCUUGUUCAGCUGCAGCAGCUCUCUCUGAAGAGAGGUACAUGAAAACAUUGUCCAUAGAACUGAGCUUGUCUUGGCUUAGCUUGGGAAUGCGGAAGAAGAAAUAUAAACGUGAUUAAUAAUUAUGAGAUAAAAAAGGAUGCGUGUGUAUCUGAAUGUGGAGAGAUCCAUUGUUAACUUCUCUCUGAGGCUGAGAAACUAAAGUAAAACGGGACAGUAUACAUUAGGACUACAGAUUCAUGAAUGCAAGACUAUGGGGAAUCUGUUACUGCAAGCUGUACUUAAUGUAUUUCAGGGGGAAAGGGAAGAGAUUUCUUCGCUGGCCUUGUGUUUAAAUAGGAAGGCAAUGAGAGCUACUUGUCCCUUUAGCUUUGGGCAACUUGACUAUUACUUUUAGCCUAACUUCUGGUGCCUCAAAAGGAAAACAUCCAGCUUCCUGUGGUCUAAGGUGUACCUGACCCAACACAAGUCUGGAGCCAGGCUCCCUUGGGUAGAAAUCACGAGGUAAAUCUUUCUGGCCCUUAAGGUUCUUGAAAUUGGAUGAAGAUAGUUGGAAACUUACCUUGGGCUGGGGAAAACAGCAGACAGGAGUGGUGGGGGCAGAGAGAGAGACAGUAUUGAACUUGCGUGGAACCAUGAGGUUUCAUAUUGCUCAGAAGAAUCCAUGGACUCUGCUUACAGUUCUUGUGUGUGAUAAACAGCAAACAUCUAAUUAAACAGACAAACGAAUACUACUGGCUUUACCAUUUGUGACUAUCCUAAAAGAAAAGUGUCCACUCUUGUUCUCUUUCACAGAGUAGAUAUGAAACUUCAGUGGGGCAUUGCACAACAACAUAUAAGCUACAGAAAUGAUGAACUGUAGUAUUAUCUUAAAUGUGAAGAGGGAAAAAUCUUUGCCUAGUAUUUAGCCCACUUAACGUAGGCUAGCUUUAACUUAUUGCUAAAUGCUUUUUAAUUUCCAAAUGAGGAGAUAAUCAGUGUCUUUGCCAAUAGCUGAAAAACUAUGCUUUGAAGAGCACUUCAGCUAUUUAAAGCAUGCUAAAAUGUGACUUCAUUCUCAUGUCUCAAAAAGUUUAUUUUUUUAAAGAGUUCUGUGGCCCACUAAUGUGAUGUAAUAUCAGUUUGUCUAAAAAGUGUGGUUUUCUUGCUGCCAUUUCAGUUGUUCCUCUCAUAAAAUUGUGCGUGAGUAAAUACCCACUUUGUUUUUCCUUGAUAUUAAAUUCACCAGGCUAACUUUGGUAUAAGAAGUCACUGCUGCAGAGAAACAUUGCAGUCAUGUUGUCGAGUGUGUUUUCUUUCAAAUGUGUUUUUUCAUGAGUUAUCUACCUCCUUGUCUGGCCCUCCAAGGUAAAUUUGUAAAGGGCGUUGAUCUGUAAUGAGUGUCUGCCGUUAUUAAGAAAAGAGACACGAGGAAACCAGAAGCCUUUUUGUGGAAAAACUGGAAGACCAAUACAGUCUGAGCUCUGUUGUUAAAUGGUGAAGAGUAACAAACCCUGAUGAAGAUACUUGAGCAGAACUCCUUUUCAGUUCUCUUCUGCUUUCAAGGAAGACCAAGCAGGAUAGCAGUGAUUCAUGCUAUAUUUUUUUAGAUGCUCUGGCAGUAGAAGAAGUAGUUUCCUCCUAAAUUACCAAAACAAUUGCAUUCAUUUUGGAGAAGUCUUUGGGACCUAUACUGUCAAUGCUGAGCGAGACUUGAGACUUCUACAACGCUUAGAGUUAUUAUCUCAGUCAUAUGAACCAAAUUUGGGCUUGAGCCAGUGAAAUGUACCCCAAAUAAAUGGGCUUAAUACAGUGAGGCAAGUCUCUACAGGCAGCUUGAAGCUGAAGCUUACCAAAUAGCUUUGGCUGAAAAAGAGAGCCUGAUGCAGGGAGAGAUUUGUUGGAAGAAAGAUCAGGUACAGAUUCUGGAAGUGGAAAUUCUGUUUAAUUAGCUUCCUCAGGAAGACUGAAGUUCUUGAAAGCAUCAAUAAACCGUCCCAGUGCGCGUGCUUCUCUGUCUGUGUUUUUAAUUCCCAUGGCAAAAAUAUACAAUUGAAUAAAGUUCACCAGUAAGCCUAAAAUGUGAUUCUGAAAGAGCAGCCAAAAUAGGCGGAUCAUUGGUGCAAGGUGAGGAAUAUAAUAGCCUAACUUCACAUUCAAAAAUUACUUAAAAUGCUUAUCCAAUAUGGUGAGGAUAAGCCCAUAUACACAAGCUUAUUUUUUAUCCAUGUAUUACAACAACAAAUCUUAUUCCAUGAUUUUUAUCCAUUUUCCAUUUUAAGUCCCCUUCCAAAAUUGGACUUCACUGCCAACAAAAGGUAAGCUAAAACAUCUAGAAAACUGGCAUUUUUGUGCUUUGCUUGCUAGUUAAUUCAGUGUAUGUGAGAAAUGGUCAUAUUUUGAGUCACCUGUACAACACUGCACAUUUUGUGCGAAAGAACAAAUUCUGUUAACUUGCAUAGGACUACAGGCACUUUAUCAGUUAAAGAUGAGUACCUAUGAGUAGAACCUGCGACUAAGAGCAGUACCAUAGCAGCCUCACUACAAACACAGGCAUAACACCAGAUUUUUCAGGAUGCUUUUUGUGAGAGGUAUUCAAAGUGCUGCUUACACUGACCUCAGCAAUAGCUCUGAUACUCUGAUCUCAAGUGAUCAGAAAGGUGGAAUGCUAUGACAAGUGUUUAUGCUGUACGUUACAUGUCUGCUAUGCAGAGGAAGGGUACAGUGUUAAGCUACUUUUUCUGAUAAAGACUGAACAAGGGUAAAGUCAAGGAUGCAAGGUUUUGGCGCCUUUUUUUUUUUUUUUUAAUUACACUGAAGGAUGAAGGAAUUGCCUUUGGAAGGGACUGCAGAAAUUUUAACGGGGGGUGGGGUGGGGAAUCUAUACUUUUUUUGGCUGAACUUCCAAAGAACCUGAUCUAAAUCAAGUGCAUAGCAAAGGUUAAAAUAAUGUCUACUACUAAAUGAUAGCUAUUAUGCUUUACUCCUGGGGGAAGGAAAGACCUCGUAGUAAGAAGUCUAGCAGCCUAGCAACCUUAAUAACAUGAGGAGCUUACAAUAACUAGGAGGCCAGGUCUUGUGAUUUUAAUCUUUAUAAUCAGACAAUUUGUAGAUUCGUAUGGAAAGCAUGGUCCUUCUUGUAUAAUUUCGGUUUAACUUGAAUCGCAGUCUCUCUUCAGAGAGCAUUGGUCAGAGGAGCUGCUUUGAGUCCAUUUCUGAGCAGUAAACCCCUAGAAACUAAUACACUUCACAUGCCUUUCAAAGAAAGGUUCAGUGUUUCUUUUAACUCUGUUUGAAGUAGCUCACAGGAAUAACAUGCUUGACCUCAGCCUUGGCAGACAUGGUCUCUGCUUCUGCACGAGUGUGGGAAUGGAAUUUGAGUACUCGGAAGCCUCAGCUUCAUGUGCUUUUCUUUAAGAUGCAGGGGGAGGACCUUUUUUCGGGGAGAAACCAGAGAACUUACAGAUGUAUCAGCAGGGAGUAUUCCCCUCCAAAAUACUGAACUCACAACCUGCUGAAACUUAGAGGCAAGGGGAGAUAAACUGCGACCGGGAGGCACAGAGCAUCCAGCAGGAAAGCAGGCGGGAAAUACCCCAGACUGGCCACGUAUCAUCUCAGUCGUAAUCAGAGCCACAGAAAGUAGGACAGGGCUGCUGAGUAGCUUGAACACAUUUCUAAGAGAAAAAACAAGUAGAAUAACAAUUUCUAAUGUCCCUAUAUUGAAAAAAGCUCUUCGUAAGAAGCCGCUCAUGCAAAUGUUAUUUGCAGUGCAGGAGGAGGGCCUCGCUUCCCAAGUUUGGGGAGGAGAGUAAUACUGCCCAGUGAGAAACCACAGAUACUUCUUGGACUGGGAUUUUUGGGAGUGCCCUUAUGAAAAAUAAAUUCCAGUAGAAAUAAGCGUGCAAAGUGAAAGAGAAGGAAAGUGUGGAGGAAAUAGUGAAUUACAAAGCCAGGAAAUGGCUUAAACAGGCAGCUUCACUGUGGGAACAGCGUUGUAAACAAUUGCUACCCCCUUAAUCUUGCAGUCUUAAAUGCUGAGAAGUUUUGUAGGCAUCUGCAUAUCUGAACCUAAAAUAAGGGCAAUGGGAUAAUGCAAAAGUAAGUAAACUACCCCAUCCUAAGUCAUCACAAAAUCAAAGGCUUUCACAGGGAAGCACUGACUUACUUCUACUCCAGGGCAAGGAAAGUAACUUUGAAGGCUUUUUAAAAGUUACCUUGUAUCACUACUAUGUUUUCUUGAACCUAAAAAGCCUUUAGUAAUUUUGAAAGCAGUUCUAGGGUAACAUUAGUCUGAUAAAUGUGGAGGUGCCUUACAAUGUGUGCACACGUACAAACGUGUAAUGUGUAAUUACGGGGUGUAAAUGCUUGGCCAGGCAUAUUUGAAUCUGUGUUGCAGACUCAAAUGAAAUUUCAUAUUUUCAUUUGAUACUUGCAAUGUAUACAAGAUCUUGCAAUAGAAAUCAAAUAGUUCUCACAAAGCCAUUAAAUACUCAAAUCAGGCAAUAAAAUAAUCUGUCUGGUUUGGAUGGUUUGUCCUCUAUACCUUUAUCCUAUGCUACUUUCUUGAUCAUAAUCGAUUUUGCACCACCCUGCAUGAACUUGCAGACCUCCAAAAUGCCGUUGGGUUUGAAGCUGCAUCUAGGGACUUGAAACCACUGGGAGAGACAGCUCGUAAUAAUUUAUGCUGGAGUGAAGGGCUUCAUUGGUUGCCUGCACUGUCUACAUCAGGGAACUUGGUGUAGAAAGGUGCAGGGAGGGAGAGAAGCCCUGGCUUUUUGAAUACCUGGUUGUGCCGGUGUGGAUAAAGCCAGUGCCCCUCCCAGGUUCACGUACAGUAGUACAGAGCAAGAAAGGAUUUAUACUGGUGCAUGCAAAGGAGCAGCAGCAAUCUUUUUCCAAGGGAAAUUAAAGACGUAUGGCUAGGUCUAACUUUUGGUAACAUAAUGCUUUUUCACUUAGUUUUCUGAUGCUCCUAAUUUCCUGCAUUUUUUUAAUCUUUUGGAGCCUUAAAGCAUCACAUACAAACACAUUGGUUACACAUUUAAAAAAAAGGGGGGAAGGAACAGUCAGACUUCACUUUUGUGCCUGAGCACAACGUCAAAGCUAUGCUAAAUUGCUAGCUUAUACAAAUUCGGUUAAUUAGAUGGCAAUAAUUUGAAAUACUGCAAUUAAAAGUAACUUUCCCACUUUCAUUCGGAAAAACACCAGAUUUGCAUUCCCUCAGAGAAAGUGAAUGCUCAACUUAAAAGGGUUUUGCUACAAUGUUAAAAUACUUAACUUCGGGCUAUGAGAAAUAGAUUGCAUUUAUUUCUUUAACUAGUAAAGUCUCUGGAGUUGUUAUUACAGAGGCAGAGAGAAGUAGGUCAUGCAGUUCCAUAUUAUAACAUAUUUAUGGAUUUUGUUUCCAGAUUUUUGUUUAAUCAAGGAGGUUAUCAUCCACUGUCUGAUUCUGAAUUUCACUUCUAAAUUGCCUGGCAGAAUGUCUUGAUGCUGACACAGAUUAAUACCAGAAAGCAGAAUACCAGAAGAUAUUCUUCUGGAUCAUAUCAGCUGGUUAGUAAUAGUCAUUGUGAAAUAACAGCUUCCAGCCCGUGGGGUCACUUGAGGUAAGUUUGUCUGAUUUUUAGUUUGGGAUGGUUUCGUUGGUGCAGGGAAAUCAUAAGCCAGGAUGUCCCAGAUUUGUUCCCUUCCUUUAAGGGGACAGGCUGCCGUGCUUUUCCUGUGCAGUUAAAGGAUGCGUGCUACAGGUUUUCUGUUUGUUUUUCCGAUCUGUUCACAAAGCACAAACAAAGCAUAAACAAAGCAGUGUUUAAACUGACUUCCAUCAGUCUACCACUCUCAUAACUCUUACCCUCUGGUCACUUAAGAUACUUAAGAUAUGAGCACAUCAAUAAUGUUGCAGGAGGUGUCUUAAGGUUGCUUCAAAAAUAAAAACGCACCAGGUAUCCAAAGCGUAUCAUGCUGUCUGGCUUAAGACUGCUAUGGUAGAUGGUCUUUUUGAAAUUCUGGUAAUUUCUGUUUGUCUGUUACUGAAGCACCUAAAACCUGCGUGGUAUGAUAGGUUUGAGCUGGGGGUGGGCCAAGCACUGUGUUGGGGCAGGCCAUAAGGUCUAUUGAAUCCUGUCCCUCCUAGGGACGGUUUUUGUCUCUUGUCUGCAAGAAAUUGGGUGCUACUGCACCAAAUGUCUUUCACAAUGCUGAAGUAAUUACUGUAAGCAGAGGUUUGUAGAACUGGAGGAAUAUUAUCCCGUAUCCCCUGAUACAUCCUCUUCAUAGUGUUAGCUGCAGCAGCAGCUGUCUUUCCAAUAUUUGCAGUUUAAGCUGUGAUGAGGAUUUAAGGAGGACAGCAGCUCGUUGUGGUGUCGGGAUUUGGCUUUUUUGGUCUUCAGCACUGUGGGCAACAAUGGUGUGCAGGUGCUGUGAGCCCUCCCUUGGGAGCUCAGUACCCUAAUGAGGUUAAAUGGCAAGAGAUGAUUGUUUAACUGCAACAGUGGGUGGGGAAGAGAGAAAAGGCAAAAUAUUUUGUGAGCUGUCCGUGUUGUGGGGAUGGUAGUAGCGGAGGAGGGGGAAUAAACACCUGCUGGGCUUUCUGCCACUGGCUGGCUUGUGUACAUACUUAACUAAGCACUAAAUCAUGUGGACAAGAUACUGCAGUAAUUUUAUCUUUGAGCGUGCUGAUUUAAGGCUUCAUCCAUCCAUACCCUUCUCAAGAGAAGAAAUGCUAGUGCUGCUUGGAGCUCCUGCUCUGUCAACGAGUUUCAGGUUAGGUAUGAAGAUGGUGUUACCAUUCUAGGUCAGCAAAGUACUUUGUCUUUCCAUUUCUUCUUGGUAUUCCCUUACUUCACAUAGACAUUGGAGUCACGGGGAAGUAGCAGGUGCAAGGUAUUGUUAGCUUUUGUGGAGUUGGUUGCUUUACAUUGACUUAUAUAGUUAACUGCACUAGAACAAAUAAUCAUAUUUGUCAUCUGUGGUCGUCAGAAAUGUCUCAUCUCUUCUUAUUUGAUAAUUAGUCGUGCAAUAUUUGCUGUGGCUUGAUAUACAUAUAAACUCUGUAAUUCAGCUCAGAAGUGAAAAGGGCUGAUACUGGCAGGUCUUCCCUCAAGGCAAAACUAGGAACUCAGCAGCCGCCUUCUUACAGUACAGAACUGAUCUGGAGUUCCCUUCCUUAAAAUGUAAUUAAUGAUUCCCACCUGGGAGCAUCCAACAGUUGCUGUGAUAUACUUUUAUUUUAGGAAGGGCUGCGAGCAGCAACUAAAAGUAUACAUUAUUACAUAGAGAAAUAAAAUACAGAUUUACAUCAAUAUGGCUGUGAUUAGAGAGGAGUUACAACUUCUAAAUCUGUUCUUAGAGUGAUUUUAGAAUGAUCACGCAGACAAAGGAGGUCUGGGUGAUAUACUUAAUUUUACAAGAUGAUAUGUGGAAAGUCCUUUUGCAAGAGGUCUUAGCUAAUGCUGUCUUAGUCACUGUAGGAAGAGGAAUGUAUUAGGAUUAAUAACUGACCAUUGAUUCUUAGUUCUGUUUCUUAUCUUUUCACCAGUUCUCAUCAUGGAGAGAAGUUGCUAGCAGUGUCAUGCAGAGGUUUGUGCUGCUGGAUUUAGAGGAGGGAGUGAGUAGGAAAGUGAAAAAUAUGUGGAAUAUUCAGUUACUCAGGAUUAUGGAACUCAAGGUUGACUGUAGAAUGUGAGGUAGUGUUUAGUGAGAAGCACCUCCAGCUGUGCAAGUGCAACAGCCCAUAAAAUAGCUGUUUUCUUGUAAGAAAGUGCUUGGAAUCAUUCUCAUUAGUGUUCACAAGAUGGCAGGAAUGAUUAAAAAGAUUGUGUUGGGAACUGAGGAACUGAAGUCAAAAUCACAAAGCUUCUGUUGCUGUAGACACCCCUGUGUCCCUGCCAUCAGCAUCCCAUGUGGCUUUGGUCAUCUUUGAAAGGACAUAAAAAACCUGAAAAGGCACAGAGCAGGGCAAAAAGGUAACCAGAAUUAUGGUACAAUUUUCAUGUGAUGAGUAAACACCUGGGUUGUUUCAGUUGGGUAAAAGAGACGACAAAAGAAGAUCUGAUAGUUCUGUAAAAUUAAAAAUGGUAUGGCAAAGGAGAACAGGGAAUGGUGAUUCACUCAUUACUAAAAAAAAAAAAAAAAAAGA